AGUGGCCAAAAAUCAUAUGAAAAUUAACUUAAAUACAUUUAAUGAUUGAUUAAAUAGUUUUGUGAAACGAUAUGUUUUUGAUGAAUGAAUCCCUUUAUGUGGUUAUGAAAUGCUAUGACAGCGAAAGCACGUGAUUAUUGUGUGAAUGCUUUUGUAUGUAAGCAUCGCUUUAGUCGUCACUUAAUAUAGCGUUGGAUUGGAUUGAAGUGAAGACUAACUGUUAAAACACAACACUUUUUGUUAAUUAGUUUCGUCGCCAAUCGUGGGCUCCGAUCAACAGGUAUUUCGCGCUAACCAUCGCCUCAAACGUGGACUAAAACACCGUUGCAUUCACUGCCAGAGUAUGUCAUCCGUGGGCUCACCGAAGAAGUUGCUGAACAAUGGACGAGAGAUACCGACCCGAAGAAUGCAAGUGAACGAUAUGAGUCAACUCCCGUACGACUACUCGUCCACUCCCGGCGGGACCCUCUUCUCCACCACACCCGGAGGCACCCGAAUAGUGUACGACCGGUCAUUCUUAAUGCAUUUGAGGAACAGUCCAAUGGCCAGAUCGCCGCCCAAGAAUUUACCCUCAAUUCCCGGCGUUACCGCUCCCCUCACUGGCAAAGAGAACCGCAGAUCACCCGUCGCUAAAGGCCUCACCACUACCUCUACACCAUUGGCAACCUGUGUCGAAGAGAAGCCAAUGCCAUCCAAUCCAACAACAGGCACCCGAAUAGUGUACGACCGGUCAUUCUUAAUGCAUUUGAGGAACAGUCCAAUGGCCAGAUCGCCGCCCAAGAAUUUACCCUCAAUUCCCGGCGUUACCGCACCCCUCACUGGCAAAGAGAACCGCAGAUCACCCGUCGCUAAAGGCCUCACCACUACCUCUACACCAUUGGCAACCUGUGUCGAAGAGAAGCCAAUGCCAUCCAAUCCAACAACAGGU